CCCGAAAGCAGAGCAGCCCGGAGGCCGGAGGGGCCGCGCCUUCGGCCCGGGCGCAGCACCGCCGCGCGCCGCAGACGUUCCCUGGGGUCAGAACUUCGCCUGGCUGGGAGCUGGACGCGCCCCGCGAAGCCGGGCACUUUCGAGACGCUCCCCGGAGCGGGGAAGGGGGGCUGCCGCCCGGCGGCGACCGCUCCACGCUCGCACGCUGCAGGAGGCGGAGGCGAGGGUUCAGCAAUGCCUCUGUCAGCCUGGUUCAGCCUGCUGCUUCUCGUUCUUUGUAUUGGUACUACCAAAACCUGCUCCCCAGGAUGCCACUGUGAAGUGGAGAGUUUUGGUCUCUUUGACAGCUUUAGCUUGACCAAGGUGGAUUGCAGUGGAAUAGGCUCACACAUUGUUCCUGUCCCUAUCCCGCUGGAUACUUCCUAUUUGGAUCUAUCCUCAAACAAACUGGAAACCAUCAAUGAGUCAAUGCUGACCGGCCCUGGUUAUACCACUUUGGUGAGCCUUGACCUGAGCUAUAAUAAAAUUGCUAAGAUCUCUUCCACGACCUUCUCCAGGCUCAGGUAUCUGGAAUCCUUGGAUCUGAGUCAUAACUCUUUGGCAGUCCUUCCAGAUGAAUGCUUCCCCAGUUCACCCCUGGGGGACAUAGAUUUGAGCAACAACAACCUCUUGGAUAUAACGUUAGAUGUCUUUGCUUCCAAAAGUCAAGGGAAAGCCAUUAACGUGGAUCUGUCCAACAACAUGAUAAGCGCAGUCACAAGACACCAUGACAAAAACAUCCCCAACAUCCAGAGCUUAAAUCUGUCUGGAAACAGACUGAAGUCUGUACCAAACCUCCAAGGGAUUCCCCUGCGAUACUUAAAUCUCGAUGGGAACCCUCUGGCCAAGAUUGAGAAAGGAACUUUCGUGGAACUGAAGGAUUUAAUUCAUUUAUCUCUCAGCAGCUUACGUGGCUUUAGAGAGAUCUCUCCGUACAGCUUCAAAGAACUACCCAACCUCCAGGUACUCGAUUUAUCCGGCAACUCCAACCUUAAGUUGUUCAGUGCUGAAGUAGUGUUCGGUCUAAGCUCCUUGCAAGAGCUCAACCUGUCCAGUACAAGUGUUUCCUUCUUGCCAAAGACUGUGCUGAAAUACUUACCUACCAUCAAAAGCAUUACCUUGGGGAAGAAUGUACAGUGUCUUAAGGUGACCAAGGAAGGACAGUAUCACCAACAAAUGGGGCUGACCAAAAAAGAGGUCCUCAGUUGUCAUGACAGCCAUGGGUCAGUAGCAGCAGCACCCUAUGUCUCGUGAUAUAGGUUGAGGGGAAAGGGCUGAGGGAGAUUGUACAGCUAUCUGGACUGAAAUGACCUGCCGCGUGCCUUUCGUAAAUAAUUUUGUUAAUAAUUUAUACAUUUGUAUAUGCCAAUACUUGACGGUGUGUGUCUUUUAAAUUCCGUAUUAUUGCCCACCGUUUUCUGCCACGCGUCGGCUGCUGCCUCUUGAUUCCUGCAAGCAUUUGCAAAUGAUCGGUGCGGCAUGGCAGCCCCAAACAGAGUUCGCUGUGAAUGGGGACCAAGUGGGGUUGCUGUUUUGAAUUUCUGAGGAAGGGCAGAAUAUCUGGUGAGAAAAUGCAUUUGGCCCAGGCUUAUUUGCAGGAGCAAAGGUAGCCCUGUCUACGGCAUACAGCAAAAUGUGUUAACUCCACAGUCAUUUGCUUACAAAUCCAUGCUUUAUCUAUUCUUUUUUUCUCCCAAGAAGUGCCUUCCAGAUACUGCCUUCAUUAGCAGUGCCCUGCUCAUUUUCAUGCUCUUUCAGACUGAAGACACUGUACUAAGCAAACCUGAGUACAGGGUAUUUCUAGUGCUUGGCUGCUGUGUGCAUAAAAGUGCAAUGAACACUUGGUACUUGGACCAUUUUUCCCCAUCUCACCCUGAUCCUUUCCGCACAGGAUUGCAUUAGAUCCUGCGCUGGAAAUCCUGGGGGCCUUCUGAUGCAGAUGUGUUGAACCUUAGUGUGUUGAACCUUAGCAAGUGUUCAAACUCAGCGCUGUGCCAUUCGAAGGACUGAAGGCUGUUUCCGUGGACCCGGUUGCUGUCCAUAUGGCUGAACAGAGCCCGCUUGCGAUAAGGGCAGGUUGUCUGGGAGUCAGGCUCCAGCAGGGUAAAUUAGAUUGAGCGGUGAAAGGGAAAGCACAUGUAAACUAAAUUAAAAACUCCCUCCCUUUCUUGGGCAUUUAAAGAAUACUUGAUGAAGCUCCUUAUCUUGAUAACCUUAUCAAACCCAGACGUAAGCCCAUGGGACUGAGAAGAAGCUGUUUCCUCUCUGACUUCCCCAGCCUAAUAAGAACAUGUGUGACGCAGCUGUGCUGUUUAAUGCAAUUUCAGGCCAGAAGAUGUAGGAAGGGAGGAGGGAGAAUGCUCCAGCCCCAAAGCCUGGGGCUACUGACACCCGCUGUUUAAUAGAACAAGGUAGUAGCAUGCUUGCCUGUCUGGGAAAGGAUCCUUUCCGGGGCCUGCUGCUCUGUGUCGUUCUUUCCACUCUCAUGCUUGGCUUCUUGGCAGCUAACUGAAGUCUUGGGAGCACAGAGCAGUUUGUGUCGGCUUUACUCAAUUGCCUGCAUGCUGAAUUUGGCAGAGGGAAAACAAAGCAGGAGCAAAGGGAAUGGGAGCGGCAGAUGCCUCAGGCAGUGAGACAACACAUGAGAACUGGUGGUAAGGGAGCGACGCGCGCAGCUCGAACAACUGGGGGGGAAGAAAGAUGCUACAAGAGAACCAGUCUCCUGCUCUGUGAAUUCAAUGGGGAACUUUGAGCCAUGUCCUCAGAGAAACUCAGCCUGGAUGGAGUUGUUUGCUACCCCAGGCCUGAAUCUGGCACACUCUUCCUUGGUAUGGGGAGGGCAGAGGGAGACAGCAUGGGCAGAAUCUGCUCUCAGCUGCACUAGUCGAAGAGCUUGUCCGAUGGUGGCUGUAGACAAGAAGGAAAAUGUGAAAGGCAGGGAGUACACUAGCAGAUUCUGCAGGGGAUCGGGCGGUAAAUGCACUAUCCUCAAGAAGUGGGCGUGGGAAGACCAUAAGAAGUAGGUUAGAUACAUCUGAUCUCAACAAUAUGUAAUUGUUGAGUAGAUUCCAAUCUGUCAGAGGAGGAGGGGUGAAAAUCGAGUACACUUCAUAGUGGAACAGCUUGCGUUCUGAAUCAAAGACACUGCAGUAUCAUCCAUGGAAUCCAGAAAGAGCUAUAUCUUCCCAGUUACAUCUUCGAGAGUAUUUUACGAACUGAAAUUACGCUGCCCCACACCAGCUAUGUGUGGUGAUGGUAGAAAACUUUUGAGCAAAUCAAAGCCUGUCACUGCCUUGGCAGGGCCAGAUUCCCACCUGGUGCAAUACACUGACCUACACCAGCUAGGACCUGGCCUUGGAUUUCCAAGUAGCUUCUCCAAUGGUUUUAUUCUGUCUCUUAUCAUUGUGAUUAGCCUUGUUAGUCU